UGGCUCUUGAACGAAUAUUUGACUCAUACCAGAAUAUACAAGGAAUGGAUUUCAAGCAGACACAAUUGGCAUUGCUUGCUCGAUUAUUUGCACAGAUUGAUGCUGACACGGACGUGGUUUUGAUGAUGCAAAAACGAAUUGUAUCGGACUAUCAAGAGCAAAAGGGACACGAGCUUGUGAUUCAUGUUCUUUAUCAUCUACACACACUCAUGUUGUCAGAAUUGUCUCAGAACUCUUCAUCUGCUGCUUCUGUAUACGAAAACUUCCUUCUGGGAGUGGCAAAAUCUUUGUUAGAUGCUUUCCCAGCAACUGAUAAGUCAUUUAGUCGACUUCUUGGAGAAGCUCCUUAUUUACCUGAGUCUGUAUUGAGGCUGCUGGAUGAUUUAUGCUCUGGAAGUUAUUCCGGAGUAGAUGGUCGUGAUGGUGACCGUGUCACUCAGGGCCUUGGCGUAAUUUGGAGCUUGAUUUUGGGCCAACCACUCAAUCGUCAAGCCUGUUUGGAUAUAGCUUUGAAGGUACCUUAGAUUCGGCGGUGUCCUUGGAUGCAGUCUCAUGCAUAAACUAAUUGUAUGGUUACAAGUUUGAUGACAUUGAAGUUUUUUGGUGAUUU